AUGCUGGGGACUCUGGGGGUCUGGGUCCUGCUCCCCACAGCUGUGCGAGCACCCCCAAGCAGACGGACCUGUGCCUUCUUUGAGGCCCCCGGAGUGCGGGGAAGCACACAGACCCUGGGGAAACUGCUAGAGGCAGGACCAGGGCCGCCCAGGGCUAUCCGCUGCUUGUACAGCCACUGCUGCUUUGGGAUCUGGAACCUGACGCGAGACCAGGCCCGGGUGGCCAUGCAAGGAUGUCGAGACAGCGAUGAGCCAGGCUGUGAGUCCCCCCAUUGUGACCUGAGCCUCAGGGCCCACCCCAGUCCUGGCUCCACUCUCUUCACCUGUUCCUGUGGCAAUGACCUGUGCAAUGCCAACUACAGCCACCUGCCUCCCCUGGGAAGCCCAGGGACUCCUAGAGCCCAGGGAGCCCAGGCUGCGCCAGGGCCAGGCGAACCCAUCUGGACGGCGCUGGCGCUGUUGGGGUUGUUCCUCCUGUUGCUGCUGGGCACCAUCAUCGUGGCCCUCCUGCGGAGAAAGGCCUGCAGAGCGCCAGGUGGGCCAGAGCCAGCGCCAGACAGGGGCUGGAGUGGGGAGCUGCCCGAGCUGCCGGAGCUGCGCUUCUCCCAGGUAAUCCGGGAAGGGAGGCACGCGGCCGUGUGGGCCGGGUGGCUGCAGGGCGAGCUGGUGGCCAUCAAGGCCUUCCCGCUGAGGGCUGUGGCCCAGUUCCGAGCUGAGCGAGCUUUGUACGAGCUGCCAGGCCUCCGGCACGACCACAUUGUCCGCUUCAUCACGGCCAGCAGGGGCAGCCCCGGCCCCCUGCCCUGCGGCCCCCUGCUGAUACUGGAGCUGCACCCCAAGGGCUCCCUGUGCCACUACCUGGCCCAGCACACCAGUGACUGGAGGGCGUCCCUGCGAAUGGCGCUGUCCCUGGCGCAGGGCCUGGCGUUUCUGCACGAGGAGCGCUGGCAGGAUGGCCAGUAUAAGCCAGGUAUCGCCCACCGAGAUCUGAGCAGCCAGAACGUGCUCAUUAGGGAGGACGGGACCUGUGCCAUCGGGGACCUGGGCCUCGCCUUGGUGCUCCCUGGCCUCCAUCAGCCCCCCACCUGCACCCCUACUCCACUCCGAGGCCCAGCGGCCCUCAUGGAGGCUGGCACCCAGCGGUACAUGGCCCCAGAACUCUUAGACAAGACUCUGGACCUCCGGGACUGGGGUGUGGCCCUCCGGCAGGCUGACGUUUACUCGCUGGCUCUGCUCCUGUGGGAGAUCCUGAGCCGCUGCCCGGACCUGUGGCCUGACCACAGGCCGCCACCCUUCCAACUGGCCUAUGAGGCAGAACUGGGCAGCGCCCCCAGCACCAGCGAGCUGUGGACCCUGGCGGUGGAGGAGAGAAGGCGCCCGCGCAUCCCACCCACCUGGCACUGCUUUGCCACAGACCCUAGUGGCCUGAGGGAGCUGCUGGAGGACUGCUGGGAUGCAGACCCCGAAGCGCGGCUGACGGCUGAGUGUGUGCAGCAGCGGCUGGCGGCCCUGGCCUGUCCUCAGGAGCUCCCCUCCGCGGAGGGCGAUUCUCCCUGUCGGUCUCAGCAGGGGCCUGCCAUUCAGUGGCAGAAACAAGGCCCUUGCAAGGGGCAGGGACCCUCGACCUGCCUGCCCAGUCUCUCCGUGUCCGAGGUGGCUGAUUGUAACCUCUCCGUGUGCAAACACGAACGUGGUGCCUAA